AUGAGCACUACAAAAGAUGUACCUUUAGCUAAAGAUGAGGUGGCCUUGCUAAUUGACCUUAUUGAAGCUAAUAAGGUGAUUACAAGCAAGGCUACAAACGCUGCCAAUAAUCAGCUUAAAGAAGCUGCCUGGACUAAAAUUACAGGAGCAUUCAAUGCAUCUGUAUCAAGUUACCCGCGAAGAACAGAGCAACUUAAAUUGAAAUGGGAGAAUUUAAAAAAAACUGCUCGUAAAAGAUCUACCAAAAUUAGGAUGAACCAAAUUAAGACAGGUGGUGGCAAGCCAGAAUACAUUCCACCAGAUGAUGCACUGGACAGAGUGGCAUCCAUUUUAGGUGCAACAUGUGAGGGUUACACUGUAUCAUUUGGAGGAGAUGCUGAGGUGACGGUAGAUUCCGAGGUGACGGUAGAUUCCGAGGUUUUGAAUGAUGGUGGUGUCGAAAAUGAGAUUGAAUCAUCAGGGAAUAUCCAACAGCUGGUUGUGACAAGUCCGAAACCAAAGAAAUUCUUUUUUAAAUCUCCCAGUGGCAACAAUAUUAAUAAAGAAAAACGUAGGCUACUGGAUGAUGACAUAAGGACUCGAGCUGCACGAAAUCAAGCUAUUGCUGAUUAUUAUAUUACUAAAAAGAAGAAAUUAGAAUUAGAAAUAGAACACAUGGAAUUAACAAAUAAAAAGUUA